AUCCAGUGUUUCAAGUAAGCCCAGCCGCGAACGGGUGGAGCGCGAGAUCACAAUAGGGGUGUCUCAUGGUCUGAGCACGACCGGGCUUACCUACAGUUUGCGUGCACUUGGGAAAACAUCCUAUACUCCCCUCUCCUAGCUGUGGGUUGACAUAAUGCGCACCUCGGAGUAUGGGCCUGGCAUUGACGUCUGGCAGACUUCAAUUUCGAAGUGUGAGCGGCACGACAAGCCUGCGAAACUACUUGCACUUGAAGAGCUAGAUCGGUGCCACUAAUUACAUGUUAAUAAACCUUGGGGAUUCAACUCGAAGAAUUGGAACAUACCUGGUACAUGUGGGAAACUCAACUCUCUACCUGUUUCGAGUUGCUAGAGCCGAAGGGUUGCGUAAGUGAGUUGUAUAAAAAAGAAAUGAGAAGAUACCCUAAUAUUACAUGACAGGGGUUGUAAAGAAAUGCUAUGCUACAAUGACCAUGAGUCCCAAGUGUCCAUACUACCAGCGAAGAGUAGGUGAAGCGAAGCCUAUGACUGCCGAAGCUUCGCAACUUCUCCUCUCGCCUGCUCCAGCAUCUUCUCCUGGUCCUUCUUUGCCUGACGGAUUCCGGCGACUCGUUUUCGGUCCUCCACUGCCUUUAGUCGCAUCUGCUCAACCUUCUUCAACUCCACUUGCUCCUCUGUUGUCGGUGAUACCUCCUGUGCGCCGGUCAAUACCUUCACAUUGUGCCAAAUAUCUGCGUAUGGGAGGUUUUUGAGGUCGAGAACGGCGGUUUUUUCCGACGCAGAGGGUACAGGGGCAUGCUGAUCAGUCAUGUUGGUGGCAUUGCUUAACGCGGCUUUGCUGAGGUUUUCCGAGAAGUAUAUCGUCAAAGAAGCGGGACCUUCCUGGUCUGUGGUCUGUUUCACGGUCAUAGGCACCGCUGGGUUAUGGUACUUGAGUCGAGGAAGACAGUUCCGCCAAAAAUGCCGCGCGCCCUGGUGUCCGCCAUAAAUCUUCCGCGCGUAUGUCAAAUGUAGGCGUGUGAUGGCUGGGAAAUCUUUAGUUGCCGUGGCUGCAGAGGGAAAAGUUGCGGCGCCUGUUCCGAGUCGGACAUCGAGAAGCUGUGCUUUCAGUUUGUGUAUCCGCUUCCACAGAUUCGGCAUGAUGAGAAGUAGUAUGUGUGCGACCAAGAAGUGCCCCACGGGAAGGAUGUCGAGAGAAUCGCACUAGAAUGCAAGCCGAAAUGAAGGGCAUAUAGAAACUGGGAACAGACUUGAGCUCGUCGCUGAUUUUUGGCUUCGUCGGCGGAAAGAACCCGACCCGAUAAGUUGCGCACGUGACUGUUAUCACUUGUGGCAGGCGGUGAAGCUUUCCACGUCCCACAUAUUCUUUUUUGAGGCCCUUUUGAUCAGGCCGAACCCCGCGGCUUCUAUAGUCAAUUGCUUGACUCAUUUUGAUAACCUCACGCAUCAAGGCUCUUAUUCUGCGGUUUGCCAGAAAGCAAACCACAUAUAGAGCUAUGGCAGCCGCUGCUGCUUCCGCAGCUGCGCUUGAUCCGAACAACAGCUCGAAGAAUACCCUCAAGCUUGAAAAUACCGAAAAGCGAGACACCCUGGUCGCUAUCGAGAAGAAAUAUCAGGCACAAUGGAAGGAAAACAAGGUGUUCGAAGUCGACGCUCCCACAUUGUCCGAAGUUCCUGCCGGGACCAUGUCCGCUGCGGAGCUCCGCGAAAAAUAUCCCAAGUUCUUCGGUACUAUGGCAUACCCCUACAUGAACGGUACUCUGCACGCGGGUCACAGUUUUACGGCCAGUAAGGUUGAGUUCAUGGCUGCUACUGCCCGCAUGGAGGGAAAGAAAGCCCUGUUCCCUCUUGGAUUCCACUGCACCGGUAUGCCCAUCAAGGCGUGCGCCGACAAACUCGCCGAUGAGGUCAAGAAGUUCGGAAAGUACUUUGAAGGUUACAAGGAUGAGGAUGAAAACACCUCCACCGUCGCCGCUCCUACCCAGGAGGUCAAGGGCGAACAACAAGAGAAGUUCUCUGGAAAAAAAAGCAAGGCCGCCGCCAAAACAGUGAAGAUGAAGUACCAGUUCCAAAUCAUGUUGGCUAUUGGCAUUCCUCUGGAGGAAAUCCACAAGUUUGCCGAUGCGCUUUACUGGCUUCAGCACUUCCCUCCCCUUGCCAUCCGUGAUCUCGACAGCCUGGGAGCCGGUAUCGAUUGGCGCCGUCAGUUCGUCACCACAGAUGCGAACCCCUACUACGACGCCUUCGUGCGCUGGCAGAUGAACCGCCUUCAUGAACUCGGCAAAAUCCAGUAUGGUAACCGAUACACCAUUUACUCUCCCAAAGAUGGUCAGCCCUGUAUGGACCACGACCGAACCGAGGGCGAGGGUAUCGGUCCCCAAGAAUACACCGCAAUGAAGCUCCGAGUCAAAGAGUGGGCUCCUGAGAUUGCCGAACUGGUAAAGGGCAAGAUUGAAGACGAUGCCAAGGUCUACUUCGUUCCUGCCACUCUGCGCCCAGAGACCAUGUAUGGUCAAACUUGCUGUUUCCUCGGCCCCAAGAUCGAAUACGGAAUCUUCAAGGUCAAGGAGAAGGAGUACUACAUCUGCACUAAGAGAGGUGCUUGGAACAUGGCUUUCCAGGGAACCUUCUUCGACAGCGAGCACUUCCCCAAGACUCAGGACCAGCUGCCUACCGUCCUAACGGCCCCGGGAUCCGCCUUUGUCGGCACGCUUGUCGACGCUCCUCUAUCAUUCCAUAAGGAGGGUGUACGUAUUUUGCCCAUGGAGGGUGUGUCUGCUUCUAAGGGUACCGGUGUGGUCACGUCCGUGCCGUCGGACAGCCCUGAUGACUACGCUACCUUGUUGGACCUUGCGAAGAAGCCCGAAUAUUAUGGUAUCAAGAAGGAGUGGGCUGAACUUGAGAUCUUCCCUCUCAUCGAGACUCCCACGUAUGGAAACCUCACCGCUCCUACGUUGGUGAAGCAACUCAAGAUCAACUCUCCUAAGGACGUUAAUCAGCUCGCGCAGGCCAAGGAGUUGGCUUAUGGGGAGGCCUUUUACAAGGGUACUAUGAUUGUCGGAGAGUUCAAGGGCGAGCCUGUGAGCGCUGCUAAGGAUAAAAUUCGCAAGGCUCUGUACGAGAGUGGGGAUGCCUUUGCCUUUGCCGACCCUAUGGGCAAGGUCGUCAGCCGAAGUGGAGACGACUGUGUUGUCGCUUACCUUGGACAAUGGUUCUUGAACUACGGUGAGAACGAUGCAGAAUGGCAACAGGAGACCCUCAACCACGUUGCCAACACGCUCAACACAUACGCCAACGAGACCAAGAACGGUUUCGAGAAGAACCUUAGCUGGCUCAACCGCUGGGCGUGUGCCAGAACAUACGGCCUCGGCUCAAAACUCCCCUGGGACCAGCAGUUCCUUGUUGAAAGUUUGAGCGACAGCACAGUCUACAUGGCCUACUACACCAUUGCGCACCUUCUGCACAGCGACCGCUAUGGUGAGACCAAGGGCCCUCUCAAUCUCACCGCUGAUCAGAUGAUCGAUGAGGUCUGGGACUACGUUUUCUGUAGGCGCGAAAUCAGCGAUGAACUCGUCACUAAGAGCGGCAUCAGCAAGGAUGCUCUUCAAGCAAUGCGGAGAGAGUUCGAAUACUGGUACCCUCUGGACGUUAGGGUUUCUGGAAAGGACCUGAUUCAAAACCACUUGACCUUCUUCCUAUACAUUCACAUUGCCCUCUUCCCUCCAGAGUACUGGCCUUGUGGUGUUCGCGCGAACGGACAUCUGCUCCUGAACGGUGACAAGAUGAGUAAGAGUACAGGAAACUUCCUGACCCUGAAGGACGCCGUUGACAAGUUCGGUGCCGAUGCUACUCGGAUUGCCUUUGCUGAUGCGGGUGAUGGAAUUGAAGACGCUAACUUUGAGGAGAGCGUCGCCAACAGCAACAUUCUGCGUCUUUUCACAUUGAAGGAGUGGAUCGAGGAUGUUAUCAAGGAUGACAGCCUGCGUACCGGUCCCGCAGAUCACUUCUGGGACAAGGUUUUCGACAACGAACUGAACUCUCUGGUUCGCGAGGCUAAGAAAAACUACCAAGAGUGCGUCUAAACUCCAUUCCAGGCUGACUCGUGCUAACCUCGAAAUAGUACAAACUUCAAGCUUGCCCUAAAGUCUAGCUUGUACGACUUUGUCAGUGCCCGUGACGCCUACCGUGAGGCUGCCACGUCCGCCGGUAUUGGAAUGCACCGUGAUGUUGUCUUGCGUUAUGUCGAGCUCCAGGCGCUCAUGAUGUCGCCAAUUGCGCCUCACUGGUCCGAGUAUAUCUGGCUCGAGAUUCUGAAGAAGGUACGUGCCUCAGUCCUUCGCCACACUCAAUUUAUCUGACAACCAUAGCCCGAAACUAUUCACCGUGCUACUUUCCCCGAGGUCCCCGAACCCUCUCCUGAGCUGUCAGCUGCCACUAGCUACGUCCGCGCGACCGCAUCAAGUAUCCUCUCCGCAGAAGCCACAUUUGUCAAGAAGCUUUCCAAGGGCAAAGCCGCAGCCUUCGACCCUCGCAAGCCCAAGAAGAUCACCAUCUACGCCGCUAAGAAGUUCCCCUCAUGGCAGGAGAAGUACAUCGACCUUGUCCGCGAGGCCUUCGAUGCCGUCAGCCUCUCAAUAAACGACAAGGACCUAAACGCCAAGGUUGGCAAGCUCGGUGAAAUGAAGAAAGCCAUGCCUUUCGUGCAAGGGCUGAAGAAGCGCCUUGUCCAGAGCAAGGAAGCGCCUGAGAUUGUUUUUGACCGGAAACUGCCGUUCGACGAGUUUGCUGUCCUGAAGGAAAUGACGGUUAACUUGAAGAAGACGACAGGGGCUAACGAAAUUGAGGUCGUUGCUGUUGAUGAGGGGGGUAAGUCUGGUAAGGUUGUGGGAUCUGGUGAGAAAAGGGAGGGACUUUUGGCCGAAAAUGCUGUUCCCGGCCAGCCAACAUUUAGCUUUGCCAAUGUUUGAUUGACUGAGACAUAAACUAGACAUACAGAAUAAAGUCACGAAUAUUGAAGGUUCAAAGGCACGAAUAUCGAAGGCAGAGACAUGAAUGUUAAGAGCUUAAAAGCCUAAAUAUCAGAAAUUUACUAGGUAAAAUUGAGACCAUGAUCAAAGGCGUGGAUGUUAAGGGCUCUUGACGCCUUUUUCAAGCGUACACUCGGCUCCAACCAGUACACCGAGAAGGGGACUUUUGAUAGACGAGUCGCACAAGAGAACAAAGUUGGUUGCCCGUUUCUG